AUGAUAACACUGCGACCGCCGCCACAAAGCAUCGCCCGACAAGUCCGACUCCUGAGUCAGACUCAACAACUAGCAGGAAACAACAGACGAAUGGCCAAAGAAAAACAAUCCCUCGACGGCGACAAGCCCUUGACGUAUGAGAGGCGAUUCAAGCCGCAUAGAAUCAACAGAAUCAAGCAGUUCCAGUGCGUCAAUACGACGAAUUUGAAAGAUUUUGGCUUUGAUCUCCAUGGAGAUAAUCACGCAGAAAACGCGAUUUACGAAGAUUUAUUCAUCAAAAAGUUCCUUCACGGUGUCUUCUGGCAUCAGCUGAUUCCCGAGCAAGGAAUUGCCAUUUUGAGAAGAUUGAAUGAAAUUGAAAUUGUUGUCACGAUCACAGAGACGCACAAUCCACUGACAAAGCCGGUAGUUGACCCACCAGGAAACAUCUUAACGAAGCAGCGUCCGAUCAAAAUGGAGCCCGGGACCGUUGGAGACUUUUAUUUCAAAGCUGGCUUUGUGGAAACGAUUUUGUCGCAUCAGCUGAAAAGAAAUGUUACUUGUACAAUGAAAUUCGCGUAUAGGGAUCAGACGCAUUAUUCUUACUGCAGCACAGACGAAAGUCUUAACCAACAAAGUCUCUUUGCUCAAAUCAAGCAAUUGGACAACUCGCUCGGUUCCUACUGGAACGUUGCUCCUGAAACUGAUUCAACCGGAAGACGACCAAGAAAGAAAACGGAGCGACUUCAAAUAGAAGAAGAAACGAAAAGCAAUGGCGAUCCAAACAGCCCCGUAAAAAGAAAACAACAGUCUCGGAAGACGAAAAAAGAAGAAUUGAAAAGAGAAGCUGGAGUUGAUGUUUCUGAUGAUGAAUCUUUCAAAUCGGGAUCGAAUGAUAGGUCUACCCAUCAGGGCUCGGACUUUGAGGACUUUGAUGAACCAAGAGACGUUCCAACUUCGCUUACUGGUGCUAAAAAACGAAAGAAACUUUGUGGCACACUAACCCCAAGCGAACUCAUCAAAGACGUAUCGAAACACCUCAUGGAAAGUUAUAACAGCCAGCCUCUCCUGCUCAAGUCUGAAAAGACGAUUCUCUGCCACAUAAAAGACGAGGACUUUGAGGAAAAGACCAAACCGCAAAUUUGUCGAAGUCCAUCGCCUGAUCGAACGCUGCCAAUCUCCAAGAAAGCGGAGCAAGAGCUGAAAUUGAGCUUGAAAAAGCGGCUCGCUGAUCGUCGCAUUCUAGAGCGCGACCCCAACUCUGAAGCGUUCAAAGCAGUGGUCGCGGCGAAGGCGAGUCUCUACGAAUUCUUGAGCAAAAAUUUCAACAACGAUGGGACGCGAAAGAAACCUGCCAAGGCCUAA